CUCCAAGAGCUGCUGUGUCCAGAAGACUUAGAUUUGAAACCCCCACCUCCUGGCACUGGUCCCCCCAUGGCAGUUUGUAUAUCCCAGUGAAACCUGCCAAGCUGGACGCCACAGCUUUGCCCACCGACAUCUUGGCCACCACUGUGCCCCUUCCUGAGACUUGCGAUCAUGCGGUCUUAGCCUGUAGCCCGGGCAUUCACGAAGAACACUAUGUAAGUGAAGCCUUGGAAGAUGUGUCAGAUUGCAGGAAAUACCGAGAUGCCUGCACCAUUACUGAUGUGUGCAAUAGUACUGAUCUUCCUGAGGUUGAAAUCAUCAGUCUACUGGAGGAACAACUGCCCCAUUACAAGCUAAGAGCAGAUACAAUCUAUGGUUAUGACCACGACGACUGGCUCCAUACUCCGCUCAUUUCUCCUGAUGCUAAUAUCGACCUAACAACUGAGCAGAUAGAAGAGACGCUGAAGUAUUUUCUUUUAUGUGCUGAGAGAGUGGGCCAGAUGACUAAAACAUACAAUGACAUAGAUGCUGUGACACGUCUUCUUGAGGAGAAAGAGCGGGAUUUAGAAUUAGCUGCUCGGAUCGGCCAGUCGUUGUUGAAGAAGAACAAAACUUUGACGGAGAGAAAUGAACUACUUGAGGAGCAAGUAGAUCAUAUCAGGGAAGAGGUGUCUCAGCUGCGUCAUGAAUUGUCUAUGAAGGAUGAACUGCUUCAAUUCUACACCAGUGCUGCUGAGGAGAGUGAGCCCGAGUCUGUUUGCUCAACUCCGUUGAAGAGGAACGAAUCUUCAUCCUCUGUCCAGAAUUAUUUUCAUCUGGAUUCUCUUCAAAAGAAACUAAAAGACCUUGAAGAAGAGAAUGUUGUACUUAGAUCAGAGGCCUGUCAGUUGAAGACUGAAACAAUCACUUAUGAGGAAAAGGAACAACAGCUUGUUAAUGAUUGUGUCAAAGAGCUGAGGGAUGCCAAUGUUCAGAUCGCCAGCAUCUCAGAAGAGUUGGCCAAGAAGACUGAGGACGCGUCCCGGCAACAAGAAGAGAUCACCCACCUUCUCUCUCAAAUAGUUGACCUGCAGAAGAAGGCCAAGGCCUGUGCUGUUGAAAAUGAAGAGCUUGUCCAACACUUGGGGGCCGCCAAAGAUGCCCAGAGACAACUUACAGCUGAGCUUCGGGAGCUGGAAGACAAGUAUGCAGAGUGCAUGGAAAUGCUUCAUGAGGCGCAGGAAGAGCUGAAAAAUCUCCGCAAUAAAUCCAUGCCAAACACCAUUUCCCGACGUUACCACUCCCUGGGCCUCUUUCCCAUGGACUCCUUGGCUGCUGAGAUAGAAGGAUCGAUGAGAAAGGAGCUACAAAUGGAAGAACCUGAGUCUCCUGACAUAACCCAUCAGAAGCGCGUCUUUGAGGCUGUGAGGAAUAUGAAUCAAGUGGUCAGGCAGCGGUCCCUGACCCCAUCGCCCAUGAACAUCCCAGGCUCCAACCAGUCCUCAGCCAUGAACUCCAUCAUCUCCAGCUGUGUCAGCACACCAAGGUCCAGUCUCUAUGGGGGUGACAUCACCAACAUCGUGAUUGACAAUAAGACCAACAGCAUCAUCCUGGAAACAGAGUCAUCAGACAUGGGAAAUGAGGACAAGAAUAAGAAGCCUGGGACUCCAGGGACUCCUGGCUCCCAUGACCUGGAGAUAGCCCUUCGACGACUGUCACUUCGAAGGGAGAAUUACCUUUCGGAAAGAAGGUUCUUUGAGGAAGAGCAGGAGAGGAAGCUACGGGAAUUGGCCGAGAAGGGAGAGUUUCACAGUGGCUCCCUUACCCCGACCGAAAGCAUCAUGUCCCUUGGCACGCACUCGAGAUUCUCGGAGUUCACCGGAUUUUCUGGCAUGUGUUCAGCCAGCCGCUCCUACCUGCCAGAGAAACUCCAGAUUGUGAAACCCUUGGAAGGUUCUGCUACACUUCACCACUGGCAACAGUGGCCCAGCCUCACCUGGGGGCAUCCUGGACCCCCGCCCGGUGUUGUCACUAAGGGCUUCCGGACCCUGGACGUUGACCUGGAUGAAGUGUACUGCCCUACCGAUUUUGCGGAAGAUGAGACAGGUGACAUUUCAUACAAGGGCCUUGCUACCUCCAUGCCAGUUCAGCACUCAGAGACCUCAGCACAUCAUCCUGGGAAGUGUAUGUCACAGACCAACUCCACUUUCACCUUUACCACAUGCCGCAUCCUCCAUCCCUCCGAUGAGCUCACAAGGGUCACGCCAAGCCUUAACUCAGCACCGACUCCAGCUUGUGGCAAUUCUAGCAACUUGAAGUCCACCCCAGUGGGCACACCAUGCCACUCCCGGCGACUGAGUCUGGCCGAGUCUUUCACCACUCGGGAAUCCACCCCCACAAUGAGCACAUCCCUUGGGCUGGUGUGGCUGCUGAAAGAGAGGGGCAUUUCAGCAGCCGUGUACAAUCCCCAAAGCUGGGACCGAGCUGGCAAGGGCACUUUCUUGAACCCAUAUUCCCCGAAAAUGGCGGUGAUCCCUUCAACCCCUCCAAACUCACCUAUGCAGACACCACUGUCUUCCCCACCAUCUUUUGACUUCAAAUGUACCAGUCCCCCUUAUGACAACUUUUUGGCCUCCAAACCAGCCAGCUCCAUCCUGAAAGAGGUGAGGGAGAAAAAGAACAUUAGGAACAGUGAGAGCCAGACAGAGGUGUCUGUCUCCAACCUCAAUCUUGUGGACAAAGUCAAGCGGUUCGGCAUAGCCAAGGUAGUGAACUCAGGGCGUACCCAUGCCCCCGCUUUGACGGAAGAUCAGGGACCUCUUCUCUGCGGGGCCCAGGGGCCAACAAGGGCCAUUGUACCUGAGGGCCUUCCCCUCGGCUGCCCAGUUGUCACCAGUGCCAUUGGAGGCCUUCAACUGAACACUGGGAUUCGAAGGAACCGCAGCUUCCCCACCAUGGUGGGGUCCAGCAUGCAGAUGAAAGCCCCUGUGACUCUUACUUCCGGCAUCCUGAUGGGUGCCAAGCUUCCAAAACAGACAAGCUUGCGAUGAGAGGAACUUGGUUCCUUUUUUUUUUUUUUAAGAAAACAAAAGAAAACAAAACAAAAACCCAAUAUUUUCCUUUAACCUCCCAGUCCUCUGACCUUUCUCACUCUGUUCUCCAUCACCCCCACCCCCAAUCUCUCUCUGCCUCUGUCUCUCUGUCCCUCUCUCUGUCUCUCUCUCAGCCCCUCCUGAGUAGACAAAUCAACCUUGUGCCUAAUGGGAGAAGAGUGUAAACUUUGUAUAGUAUGUAAAUAUUUAUCAGAGACCUUGUAUCUAAUUUUAUUACUCUUCAGAUAUCAUAAGAAAUGGCCCAACGCUGCAAUUGCUGUAUUAAGGAUUUAACUUGCUGACCUCUGACAGGUCUUUUUAAAUUUUUUUCUUUCCUUUAAAGAUGCACUGAAAAUAGAAACCAGUUAUCCUGUGGAUGGGGGGGAAGUCAAUCCUUUGGCUUGCUGACUGUGGUUGUAGGCAUGGUGUAGUAAGGAUGGAAGGCUUGCCAGAUGACACAGUGACACCGAUCACUGUGUGUCUUCAUUCUGGGUGGACUAACAUUUGAUCUCCUGGAUGAACAUAUCAUGAGCCUGGUCCUUUACUAUAUACAAAACAAAGCAGCCAACUUCAUAUUUGUGUUGGGACAUCCUGAUUUUUUUUUUUUGCUUCUGCCAGUGGUCCAGUUUUUUCAGAGCCCAUGGCUCCUCUACCUGGAUGAAAGGUUGUGUCAUUCUGGAAGGAAUGUUUGUGAUUUUCCCUUAUGCAGUAAAACUUGAAAGUCCCAUUUCUGUAAUCCACACGUUGGCCAAAAGUCUGGAAAGAAUGAGAAUGUAUGGAUUUUUUAAUUAAAAAAAUCACACUAUUUUCCUUUAAACACAUUUUGCAAAAUGCAGUCAAGUCAUGGUGCUGACUGAGCAUCCAAUUCCACAUGCUCUCGUGGCACUGAAAUAUACAACAUCACAAGGUUAUUUUCAUUUUGCUCAGGGAAAAUGGCAACUAACUGGUUUCUGGGAACCACAGCCUCUAAAGACAAAAUAGUCUAAUGAUCUGAGGCCAAGAUCCUUUCUUAAAUCAGAGGGCCUAAAGGUGGAAACGUGGGGGGGUUCUGGAGAAAGUGUAUUAGCAGAGAAGACCCACAGCAAAGCAAACUGAGUCACAGCACAAUGGUGUUGGAAGGAAGAUGAGGCUAUAGAAUUUUGAUUGAGUUUCAUUUGCAGAGAAUCAGACUAUUUCAAAAAGCGGGAGCUGCGGGAUUUUCAUAUUUAAUCCAUAUCUUGCCUUUUCCACAGUAGCCACUUUUGAAAUCCAAACACUUGAGCAGCUCCAAGGUGCGACCACUUAAUGCCCAUGUAUUUUCCCCCUCUUUUCAAUAGAGGGAAUCGUAUCAAUGUGAUUUUUCUAGCCCUACUGGGCUGUUUUUUUUUUUCCAUUUUCUGUUUAUCUUUGUGUCUUGUGCUUGGAAUAAAGAUGGAGUCGCUUUUGGAAAGAAUGAAAAAUGAACAAACGGUAGGUUCUGCCGAGUGUUACAAAUGUGGAGUCACUGGGAGAGUAGUGGGCUUAUUUAUAAACAAACAUGCACAUGUACACACACAGGAGUAAAUAAUUAAGGUUAAAGUUAAAAGUAUCUUCAAGAUAUAUUUCAGAAACACAAACCAAAAAUUCUGCUGUUAACUUGAGGAAUCUUAGUAUUAUAUGUCCAGACAUAGCAACAAGAGUAUAUUGUAAUAUAAUCAAUCUAGGUAAGUAAUGCCUACAAACAUUUCCAUUGACUAUUGACUCCCUAUUGUGUGUAUGUCUCUGUACAUAAGUUUAUCUAUUUUUUAAAACAUUGUCUAGACCCGUUUCUUUGUCUUCACACCAACUUGUAUUUCUAUAAAAUGUUUCCAUCCAAGAAGAUUUAUUUAUUCUAUAAUCGGUUACCAAACUUUACGUCACAGCAUCGUCGCGUUUCUUCUAGCCUCUUACUUGAGAAUUAGUACUGAUGAUCUUUCGCAUAAAUGAUGGCAUCAUCUUUGCCCCCUCUGAUAGAAAGAGUUGUCCGUCCCUGAAAGGGAAAGAGUCCACAUAGUGUUAUAUGGACAUUUAGGUGCUUUGAGAGAAAGCAUACAAGCAAAGUGCGGCUCAUGUUUUCAAACUCCUAUUUAUUCUCCUAAACCUAAGACAUUUUAGUAAAAGUGUGUCCUCAGCUCGAUUAUUCUGUUGUAAGAUGUGUGCACUUAUCUGCAGAUAACUUAACUAUCUUUUUUUAUUAUUUGAAUGUAUCUUAAACCCUGUAGCUAGAUAGGAUAACAACAGGAAAAACACAGAUGAAUGGGACCAUUUUAUGUACCCAGAGCGAAUAACCAACCAUACAUUACAUGAGCCGAUAUUAAAAAUGUAAUAGCAAAUCAUUCACUUUGGAGGCAUAACAGACUUUAGCCUACAGAAUCAAUGGUAGACAUUGGACACCCACUCCCGGAAGGUGCAUUGUAAAAUGCAUCAAAUGCUACAAUAAAAUUUUCUUAUCUAAUGAGUAUCAAUAAAAUAAGCUUGAGUGAU